AUGGAUAAAUUUGUGAAACGAGUGAAGGAAUGGAGUGGUGUUCCUAGGAAAUCUUCAACUCCUGAGCUAAGCAGAAGUCAGUACUCCCUAGUAUCUGCUGGGGAACUAACAGCGGAGGCUCUACAAGUAUGGUUGAAGCUACCUAAGAAAAUCAAAUACGAUCCCGAAUUAGAACCUUUCCGGAAACGAUACGAAAAGGAAAUCGCAAGCAAACAAGAGAAUAUAUCGCUCAAAUUAAAGAAUGGAUCGACCCCGGAAUCGAAGCGACUUCCCCUAGUGAAGUCAGCGCCACAUUUGAACAAUAACAGAGUUGAGGAGACACCGAGUAUUGAUGCGAAACUUGAAGGAGUUGAAAUUCAUAGUCCUGGGAAGGAUGGCAAAGGAGAUUGGGCACCAAAAAGUCCGAGUAAGCUGGCACGAGCUCGGUAUUACGUGAAGAUGACGCUACUACUCGCCUGCUGGGUUUUCUUCACUAUUGUAUUUCUAUUGUACAAUGAAAAGGAAGAAAUAGUCAGAAAUUCUUCAGUCAACCCUGGAGAAGUCAAAAAUUAUCUGUUGAAUAUAUCGGAUUCUCAUCUAUCUAUGAAAGUAAAGAUUUCUGGGCCGUUCCUGACUGAGCAGGCAGAGCGAAGGCUGAAUGCGUCUGAAGAGGAUGAUUUUAGGAAAAUGGACAUAUGGCUGGAGACAUGGUCUUUGGAUCAACUGGAUGAUAAUAAAGAGACAUCCAAACGCUGGACAAUUCUCCUUCAAAAUAACAACCUGGAUUUCAGUCAAGGGGAAUCCCGUUCUGGCGUCUUGGAUAUACACACGACCAAUCAGACCGAUGGCUAUUCACUACGAAUUCGCACAUCAGCCAAUGAGAGCACGCCUUUUAGUAUGAGCUACACCAUAAACCCACUACAUCUCAGGAGUGGUGUUUUGUACGCUUGUGUACUACUUUGUGGGUUAUACGUCUUGAUAAUUUUUGAGAUUAUCAACCGGACCAUGGCAGCAGUCCUCAUCUCAACAGCAUCACUAGCAGUUCUCUCUCUUGUUGGUGAAAGACCAUCUCUACCUCAGCUGGUCUCCUGGCUGGAUAUGGAGACCCUACUCCUGCUGUUCAGCAUGAUGAUUCUAGUCGCUAUCAUGGCUGAGACGGGGAUGUUUGACUUCUUGGCAGUUUAUACUUUUGAGGUAACUAAAGGAAAAUUAUGGCCGUUGAUAACUUUGCUGUGCGCCAUCACAGCACUGCUGUCUACAUUUUUAGACAAUGUCACCACCGUACUACUGAUGACACCAGUAACGAUCAGGUUAUGUGAGGUAAUGGAUAUGGACCCCGUGCCGAUAUUGAUGUCGAUGGUCCUGUUCAGCAACAUAGGAGGCACGGCGACCCCCGUGGGGGAUCCCCCUAACGUCAUCAUAGCGUCUAACAAAGCUGUUGUACAGGCGGGUAUCAACUUCACAAAUUUCACAAUGCACAUGACUCUAGGCAUUUUGCUGGUGUGUGUACAGACAUACUUCCAACUUCGGUAUAUAUAUCGUGAUACAAGCAAGCUACGUCUUAACGUACCAAGAGAUAUACAAGAUCUACGUCACCAAAUAUCAAUAUGGCGUCGCGCGAUCGAAUCUCUCCCGCAUCUAAGUAAAGAUCAACAAGUUGUUAGAGAGAGAUUGGAGAGAAAAAUAAAGAAACUCAAUCUUCAGUUAGAGAAUAUGGAGAAGGAGAGUUCGAAGAGAGUUUGUCCGAAAGAGACUUUUCAGACUACACUAAGUCAGUUGAAGGAUAAAUACAUAAUUCGUGAUAAAAUGUUACUCCUGAAGUCAACCAUCGCGAUCAGUUUUGUUGUCGCUGUCUUCUUCUUACAUUCGAUUCCUGAAUUAAAUCGUGUAUCACUCGGAUGGACAGCUCUGUUAGGAGCUAUCCUGCUUCUAACGUUGGCGGAUAGAGAAGACCUCGAGCCGAUAUUGCACCGUGUUGAAUGGUCCACGUUGUUGUUCUUUGCCGCUUUAUUCGUUUUAAUGGAGGCACUUUCAAUACUUGGCCUCAUAGAAUUCAUCGGUGGUCUGACUGAGUCUCUCAUAUUGAAAGUUGAUGAGAACGGAAGGUUGGCGGUCGCUAUCAUUCUAUUACUUUGGGUAUCAGGACUAUCAUCAGCCUUCGUAGACAACAUCCCCCUAACCACCAUGAUGGUGAGGGUGGUUACCGCCCUCGGCUCCAACCCCACCCUGCAGCUACCGAUGACGCCAUUGAUAUGGGCUCUUUCCUUUGGCGCUUGUUUGGGAGGUAACGGCACCCUAAUCGGGGCGAGCGCGAACGUGGUGUGCGCCGGAGUCGCCGAGCAGCACGGCUAUAGGUUCACUUUCUUGCAGUUCUUUAGAAUCGGUUUUCCUAUUAUGAUUGGACAUUUGAUUGUUGCUUCUGCCUAUUUACUUUUGUGUCAUUGUGUAUUUACGUGGCAU